ACUGCGAGACGAAGGGAUAGGGAGGCGGAGCUUGGGAAAUUCGCUCGCUGAUCUUCCACCAGAAAGAUCCAAAGAAUCGAACCACCUUUUAUCUUUAUGUUUAAUUUUCCGCCCAUUUGCUGAGAGCGAGCGAGCCCUAGCAGUGUAUCCCUCGACCGCCCUCAAGAAGAAGGCGAGAGACGAGACGUUGUCGGCGAUCCCUUGCUCAAGUAGAGAUGCAGAUCUUCGUCAAAACCCUAAAGGGCUCCCACUUCGAGAUCGAAGUGAAGCCGGAUGACACGGUUGCUGAAGUAAAGAAAAAUAUAGAAACUUCACAAGGACAAAGUGUUUACCCUGCAGAUCAACAAAUGCUUAUACAUCAAGGAAAAGUUCUCAAAGACGACACAACCUUGGCAGAGAACAAUGUUGCUGAGAAAGCUUUUAUUGUCAUCAUGUUGAGAAAGGUUAAGAGUUCAUCGGGUGGGGCUUCAACAAUCACUGCUACGCCAUCAAGCCAGGUUAAGGAUGUAUCGGGUGCUGCUUCAACAACCACUGCCACACCAUCAAGCCAGCCUCUGCCUGCUAGUUCUGCAGCUGCUAAUCCUCCUGCUCUUUCACAAGGCCCUGCGGUUGUUACGGCCCCAACUUUGGGUUCAACAAUUCCUACUACCACAGCUGCCCCUACUCCUGCAGUUACUACAUUUAAUACAGAAAAUGCUUAUGAUCAAGCUGCAUCAAACCUUGUUGCUGGCAGCAAUUUGGAACAGUCCAUCCAACAGAUUCUUGAUAUUGGUGGAGGGACAUGGGAUAGAAACACUGUUGUUCGUGCUUUGCGUGCAGCAUUUAAUAACCCUGAAAGAGCUGUUGAAUAUUUGUAUUCUGGUAUUCCUGAGCAAGCAGAAGUCCCACCUAUUGCUGGAUCACCUGACGGCGGCCAAGCAACAAACAACCCUCCCGCACAAGGUGCACCAGCGGCACAGCCUGCCAUUCCGUUAAGUGGUCCCAAUGCCAAUCCUUUGGACCUCUUCCCUCAGGGUUUGCCUUCCUUGGGAACUAAUCCUGGUGCAGGAAGCCUCGACUUUCUUCGCAAUAGCCCUCAGUUCCGAGCACUACAAGCCAUGGUGCAAGCAAAUCCCCAAAUUCUGCAGCCAAUGCUACAGGAAUUGGGCAGACAAAAUCCACAGAUUAUGAGGCUUAUUCAAGAGCAUCAAUCUGAAUUUCUUCGAUUGAUUAAUGAGCCGACAGAGGGAGGAGAAAGCAAUUUACUAGGGCAGUUAACUGCAUCAAUGCCGCAGGCAUUAACAGUUACGCCUGAGGAGCGUGAUGCCAUUGAGCGACUCGAAGCAAUGGGCUUCAAUCGAACGCUUGUUUUGGAGGUUUUCUUUGCCUGCAACAAGAACGAGGAAUUAGCUGCAAAUUACCUUUUGGACCACAUGCACGAGUUUGAGGAUUAAUCGCCUACAAUAAAAAGGUAUUGAACGACUGCUGGAUGCAAAUAUUCGUGUCUUGUGGUGUCGUGUGGAUAAUUAUGUUCUGGAGUCUCGGAUCGUUAGAUCGCUCUUUGGAAUUCUUCCACCCUCUUCUCUUUUCCUGUGUUCUAAAAUUAUUAAUGUUUUAUACACCGUUUAUGGUUUGGGAGGAUGAUUUUGUGUAUAAAUUACCUUUAUGUGCAUCGUUCCAUGGGAUUAAUUUAGCUGUGCUUUCUUUUCGGGGA